UCACCCAGCUGCAAACAGCACAGAAUUUGGGAGCCCCUGAGAUCCAUACAGAAACAAUGAGGAACUAUGCUCUACCCGUUUACCUGCUUUUGCUGCUUGCAGUCACCUCUGGGAGAAGUGCAGAGACGACUGAAACUCCAGAGCAGGCUGAGAGUGAAAACGACGCCACCACAGCAGCAGAGAACGCCUCUGACACAUCCUCACAGAAUGCCGUGACCCCUACCGAUACUUCCCCUGAGCCCGAAAUCCUGGUAGACACCGACCAAGAGAGCCCUUCGUCCAAUCAGACAACAGCUGCUCCUGAGGUCCUGGUCAUCCCCACCGACAGCGGCCCUUCAUCCAAUCAGACGACAGCUGCUCCUGAAGUCCUAAUCAUCCCCGAGGACAGCAGCCCCUUGUCCAAUGAGGUGCCAACUGUGACUGCAGUCACAGCCCCCUCCGAAAUCGGCAGCCCUCCAUCCAAUGAGACGACGGCUACUCCUGAAGUUCAACCGCAGCAGGCCAACAGCACCGAGGCCCCCCCUACUCCUGUCCCGCAGACCACUGUCCCAGUGGAACCGACCACAGAAGCUGCUGGUGCCACCCGGCUGGGCUCCUUCACCGCUCUCCUGGAACUCCUGUUUUCUACCCUGAUUCUCUCCCUCGUGCUCUGAGAAAGAGUUUAGGCCACAGGCAGUGUUGGGGAGUAGUUUAACUACAGGUAGUUAAACCUUUAGUUUAAUUACAUUUUGCAGCAGUUUGCGCUGGUAGUUCAACUACAUUCAAAAUUGUGUAGCGGUUGUAGUAGUUAAUUACGUUUUUUGUCAUUUUGAGGUGUAUUUAACUACAGGAGCUAACAACUACUUUUGAUCCAAAAAUAUUUUUUCCCAAACCCCUUUGACCAAAUUCCACCUCCUCUCUCUCUUCUGUCUAAUCCUGAUCUGCUCCACUGUAGUCACCAAUGGUCAAGUACCAAUUGCACACAUUGCUGGUCCUCCCAACUGAGCUGUAUAGUGGUUCCCCCCUUGUGCAAAAAGAAGGCACUACUCACAUGCACAUCAUAUCUGGGGAACAUGAUUAUGAUAAAAAAAAUUUUUUUACAAUUUUUUGGCAAAGUAGUUUGAACUACAUUUUCUGGCUAAAGGUAAUUUCACAAGCUACAUUUUUCUUUAGGUAGCUUUGCUGUUGUUCAACUACUUUCAGUAUGAAGUUAGUAGUAGUUUGUAGAGCUACGCUUUCUGAGUAGUUUCCCCAAUGCUGGCUUCAGGCGGCAAAACACUGGCCAUUCUGCAUUCCAUUCAACACCCUGCUCUAGAGAGAGGGCACCACUCCUGGCACUUCCGCACCUCCCCCCACCCCCCAGUUUUACAGUGAGAGAUCCCAAGGCCUUCACUGGUCCGCAGAGCCACAUUUCUCCCUCUGAUGCGAAUCAGUCUUUCCACAUCAGGGAAACUCUGCCACUACUGCAGGGGGCGCUUUUUGUGUGAAUGCAUCAGAAUGUAGUACUGGGGGGCACCCCCCUCCCCCCUCACUUUUAGUAAAGAUACCAGUAAAUCUAGUGCUGUAAAUAUAUGAGUUAUUUGACAGUGCAUGUUAGCAACUCCUAUUACAAAUUUUUUAUUUUACAUUUUGUCAGUUUAUAUAGCUAAAUUUUAACAGAAGCAAUUCACUUUUAUUUCUCAAGGGCAUAAUGGCAGUGCUGUAACUGAGAGUCAUGCACACAGACUGAACUCUGACACGCCCCACAGACGGAACUUUAACUCACCUCACCGACGGAACUGUGACACGUCUCACAGAGAAAACUGACACACGCCCCACAGACAGAACUGACACACGCCCCACAGACGGAACUGUGACACGCCCCACAGAUGGAACUGUGACACGCCCCAUAGACAGAACUAUGACACGCCCCCACAGACGGAACUUUAACUCACCUCACAGACAGAACUGUGACACACGCCUCACAGACAGAACUGUGACACAUGCCUCACAGAGAAAACUGACACAUGCCUCACAGACAGAACUGUGAGACGCCCCACAGACAGAACUGUGACACGCCCCACAGACAGAACUGUGACACACACCCCACAGACAGAACUGUGACACGCCCCACAGACAGAACUGUGACACACACCCCACAGACAGAACUGUGACACACGCCCCACAGACAGAACUGUGAGACGCCCCACAGACAGAACUGUGACACACGCCCCACAGACAGAACUGUGACAGACCCCACAGACUAAACUAUGACAUGCUGCACAGACAGAACAAUAACACACCUCACAGAAGGAUGCUACUAAUGCUACUGAGCUCCUCUUCUGUAUGUCUGUCUGAUUUCAUUCUCUUUACAACACAUCUGUAUACAGCUUAUCACAACUAUGCCCCAAGUUAUUACCAUGCAAUGUAAGUGAAAGAAUAUAUAUACAGUGUGCUGAUGUUGAUGUUUGUUCAAUAA